AUGCCCGCUGGCGUGUCGUGGGCUCAAUACAGCAAGUUCCUGGCCAGCGCAAUGCUGGCCAUGAUGGCCGGAUCCCAGGCGGUGCAUCUGUACUACAAGCCGCUCGAAGAUCUGCCCGUCUACAUAGAGCGCGAGCAGAAGCCGCCGGCCAAUCAGGCAAAGGCUGCGGACUAACCACCCCCACCCAUAAACUACAACUAUAUUCUGUAAGAACUAUUGUAUUGACUAAUGCUAAUUAAAUUUCACUUGUUUGACAGACAA